CACGAGACACCUGAGUCUCCUCAGUGUGGGCAGACGCCUUGCACUGUUUUACUUCUCUCAUUGACUCAGUCACGUAGUUUCUGCUCAGCUUGUCUCCUUCUUAUUAAUCUUUAUUUCCCUCUGCAUCCCUCCAUCUCUCUCUCUCUGCACCAUGAGUCUGAGUCGCACCAAGCGAAUCAGCUCCAGUAACUCUGUCCGGAGCAGCAGCGGGUCCAGGAGGCUGAGCGGCUUCGGUCCAGGUCCGGGAGGUUUCACCGGCGUCUCCCUGAGCAGCAGCUCUCUGUACACGGGCUCCAACGGGCAUCACCACGGCCUGGGCGCCCCGCUGGCGUCCCUGUCCGUCAACAAGAGCCUGCUGGCCCCCCUCAACCUGGAGAUCGACCCCAGCCUGUCCAUGAGCCGAGCCCACGAGAAGGAGCAGAUCAAGAGCCUCAACAACCGCUUCGCCAGCUUCAUCGAUAAGGUGCGUUUCCUGGAGCAGCAGAACAAGAUGCUUGAGACAAAGCUGGAGCUGCUGCAGGGUCAGGGCUUGGGCCGGUCCAACGUGGAGCCCCUGUUCGAGGCCUACAUGGCGGGUCUGAGGCGCCAAAUGGACCUGGUCAACAACGACAAGACCAAACUGGACGGGGAGCUGAGGAACAUGCAGGGCCUGGUGGAGGACUACAAACACAAAUACGAGGACGAGAUUAACAAGAGAAACAACCUGGAGAAUGACUUUGUUAUCCUGAAGAAGGAUGUAGACUCAGCCUACCUGGUGAAGGCGGAUCUGGAGGAUAAGGUUGGAGCUCUGACGGAUGAAAUCAACUUCCUGCGCAACGUCUACGACGAGGAGCUGCGUGAGCUGCAGUUCAGCAUCAAAGACACGUCGGUGGUGGUGCAGAUGGACAACAGUCGCAGCCUGAACAUGGAGCAGAUCGUCGCUGAGGUCAAAGCUCAGUACGAGGACAUCGCAGCCCGCAGCCGAGAGGAGGCGGAGGCCUGGUACAAGAGCAAGUUCGACCAAAUGUCGGUGCAGGCCAGCCAGUAUGGAGACGAGCUCCGCCUGGUGAAGGGAGAGGUGGCCGAGGUGAACCGACUGAUCAGCCGACUGCAGAGCGAGAUAGAGGCCGUCAAAGCUCAGCGCGGCAGCCUGGAGAACCAGCUGGCUGAGGCGGAGGAGCGUGGAGAGCUGGCUGUGAAAGAAGCCAAGGCCCGGACCAGAGACCUGGAGGACGCGCUGCAGAGAGCCAAACAGGACAUGGCCAGACAGCUCCGAGAGUACCAGGACCUGAUGAACCUGAAACUGGCUCUGGACAUUGAGAUCGCCACCUACAGGAAGCUGCUGGAAGGAGAGGAGGACAGACUCGGACAGCAGUCCAUCCUCAGCAUUCAGGCCGUCUCCAACUACAGUACUAAAAGUACUAAUGGCUACCACAGUAACAGCAGCUCUCCUGCUCCAAAGCUGCUGAUAAAGACAACUGAGACCAGAGAUAACAAAAGAUACAGCUCACACUGAGACACACACACACACACACACACACACACACACACACACACACACACACACACACACACACACACACAACAACAACAACAACAGUUAUCUCUAAAUGUGAGGGGCAUUUAAUUACUAACCGUUACUUAGAAUGAAGGAAUUAUAAUAAUAAUCUAUACAUGCAACAUAUAGAGGAAUUAGUAUUGGGGAUUGUUAUUUCUAAUAUAAUUUACACUAUAUAAAUAUAUCAGUGUGUUAACUGUAGCCUGUCGGGUUGAUUGUAAACUGUCACUGAGACUCAGACUCAGCUGGAUCCAUCAGUAUGUGGCCUUUAAUAAACACUGAUUAUUUUCUAUGCUCAUGUAAUCUGUGGUGAGAUUAUAAGAAUAUAAAAAUAUUGUAGUCUUUCAGAUCAUUUCGGGGAUAAGUGGUGUACUUGUGAUUUAGGAUCAUGCAUUUUGCAUCUAACAGAUUUUUUUAUACUUAAGAUCUUUUGUGAAAUUAGCUUGAAGAUUGAUGCAGGUAAACUCGUGGUCUUCAUCUACAGACGAGGUCGUUGGGUUCAAGUUUCUUAAAGUAACUUUUCUGCUGUUGUUUCCACAUGAACAAUAAAAAUGAAUGAACACGC